AUGGAGGAGCUCUCGCAGUGUCCUCCAAAACCCGAACCCUUCAACCCAGUGUCCUCCAAAACCCCGAACCCUUCAGCCCAGUGUCCUCCAAACCCUGAACCCUUCAACCCAGUGUCCUCCAAACCCCGAACCCUUCAACCCAGUGUCUCCAAACCCGAACCCUUCAACCCAGUGUCCUCCAAACCCGUUGUCCCAAAGACCCUUCAACCCAGUGUCUCAAACCCGAACCCUUCAACCCAGUGUCCUCCAAAACCCGAACCCUUCAACCCAGUGUCCUCCAAAACCCGAACCUUCAACCCAGUGCCCUCCAAAACCCCAGACCCUUCAACCCAGUGUCCUCCAAACCCCGAACCCUUCAACCCAGUGUCCUCCAAACCCCGAACCCUUCAACCCAGUGUCCUCCAAACCCCGAACCCUUCAACCCAGUGUCCUCCAAAACCCCGAACCCUUCAAUCCAGUUUCCUCCAAACCCGAACCCUUCAACCCAGUGUCCUCCAAACCCCAGAAACCUUCAACCCAGUGUCCUCCAAAACCCGAACCCUUCAACCCAGUGUCCUCCAAACCCCGAAACCUUCAACCCAGUGUCCUCCAAACCCCGAACCCUUCAACCCAGUGUCCUCCAAACCCGAACCCUUCAACCCAGUGUCCUCCAAACCCCGAAACCUUCAACCCAGUGUCCUCCAAACCCCGAAACCUUCAACCCAGUGUCCUCCAAACCCCGAACCCUUCAACCCAGUGUCCUCCAAACCCCUGAACCCUUCAACCCCAGUCCUCCAAACCCCGAAACCUUCAACCCAGUGUCCUCCAAACCCCGAAACCUCCAACCCCCAUGUCUCCCACCUCUUUGUUGUCUAA